AUGUGUGGAAAUGACUAGGGCAGUAGUGGUUGGGGAGUGAAUGAUUUGGUGGCUGCAGAGCUCCCAAUAUCUAUGAAAGCUUCUUCUCUCUCAGGCUCGCUCUUAAAAGUAAGUCUAGAGUUCUGAUGGAAUCUGGUGCGUUAGCGUUAGACACUAUUCUGAUGUCUGGAUGCGAGAAUUUGCCACUGCUUCUUCCUCGGCCGUCGAAUUCGGGCCCGCCUUCUGUGAAUAAGGGAGUGAUCUCGUGGCCUUCGUCGUCGUCGCCGGAGAUUGUGAGGAGCAAGGCUCUGAAGGUUCACAGUCAGGCUGAGAAGAGGAGGAGGGAGAGGAUAAAUUCGCAUCUGUCCACUUUGAGGCGCAUGGUGCCUGAUGCUAAUAACAAGAUGGACAAGGCCGCAUUGCUAGCAAGAGUAAUCGACCACGUCAAAGACCUGAAGACAAGAACAUCCAACAUCGACAAGACCUUGUCAAUCCCCGCCGAAGAAAACGAGAUCGCCAUAGAAUUAGCAAAAGAAUCGGAGAACAGCGCGACCUCAACCACCGGCGACUUCUACAUGAAAGCUUCGGUCAGCUGCGACGACCGACCCGAUCUGUUCGUGAGCAUGAUGAGGGCAUUCCACGGCUUGAAGCUGAGAACGGUGGGGGCAGACAUAACAUCUUUGGGCGGAAGAGCUCAGGUCGUGUUCGUGUUGUGUGGAGGAGAUCAGUACGGAUCAAACGUGAGCUUGAGAUCACUCACGGAGUCUUUGAAGGAUGCGUUGGGUAGAAUUAUCGAGGUUGAUGUGGGGUUAACGAGUGUUUCUUCAAGCAAGAGGCAGAGGCUCCUGCAGUCUUAUUACUCUAGUGUUUCUAUAUGACUUGUGGAAUGUCUCUUUUUUCUUUUUCUUUUUCUUUUUCUUUUUUUCCCUCUUCUUUGUGAAAAUUUUUGUUGAUGGUUUUGGUGUGAUUGAAGGCGAUAUAUGUAUUGGAAUGUUUAUACAGUAAGGGUGCAACAUAGAAGUACUAAAUAAAUUGUAGGUUCAUCGUUUUGGCAAUGAAA